AACAAAGGGUAGAUUCGUAAACAUAUGGUCCGGAGAUUAGGGCAAUCAUCCCCAGUUCAGCGCCAGAACAAAGUGCACCCCACACAAAACCUCAACCCUUUUUGUAGCGAUAGGCUGUUUGGCUUCAGAACUCACUGCAUACUACCAACUCCAGUCCACCGAAGCCUCUCCCCCCAGAAACCCUAGAAGAUGUCAGGCGGUUUUUUCCGGGGGACGUCGGCCGAUCAGGACACUCGGUUCUCGAACAAACAAGCCAAGCUCAUGAAAUCGCAGAAGUUCGCCCCUGAACUGGAGAACCUGGUGGACAUGACGAAGGUGAAGAUGGAUGUUAUGAGACCGUGGAUUGCGAACAGGGUGACCGAGCUCCUUGGAUUCGAAGACGAAGUUCUUAUCAACUUCAUCUAUGGUCUUCUAGAUGGGAAGGUAGUUAAUGGAAAGGAGAUUCAGAUUUCUCUGACCGGAUUCAUGGAGAAAAAUACUGGUAAGUUUAUGAAAGAGCUUUGGAUUCUUCUUCUCAGUGCCCAAAAGAAUGCGAGCGGCGUCCCUCAACAGUUUCUUGAUGCGAAAGAAGAGGAGACUAGGAAGAAGAAGGCUGAGACUGAUAGGAUAUCAAGUGAAAUUCAAAAGAAGAAAGAGAGAGAGGGUAGAGAACUUGAGCAAGAGAAAAUGAAGAAGAUGGACGGCGAGGUUGACAACUCGAGAGCUAAUAAUGUUGAGCACGAGCUUAGGACUUCUAGUGCUCAUUCCCUAGAGGAGAAGGGGACUGGUGAUAGGAAUGGCUCAAGACGAAGGACCAGGGUAUCUAGAUCUCCGCAUUCAGCUGACCACUCCUCUUUGUCUCCUCCAAAUAGACGUUCGAGAUCAAUAAGCAAGUCAUUUUCCAAUUCCAGAAGUUAUUCAGAAGAGAGACGUAAGUCGAGAAGUAUAUCUGAAUCUCCUCAUAACAGAAGCCGCUCAAUUUCUUCUGAAAGGUUGAAACGCUCUCCUCCAAGACGGUCUGUUACACCUCCUUCAAGACGUAGGCCAUUUCAUUCUAGGAGAAGAUCCACAUCACGCCCACGUCUUCGAUCGCCUUCGCCUAUGCGCCGUAGAUUGCGUUCUCCUCCAAGGCGCAGGUCCCGGUCUCCAAUUCGACUUAGGUCGCGAUCACCUGUACGACGUAGAUCUAGGUCUCCCGUACGAUACAGAUCACGUUCACCCAUUCGACGUGGAUCUCCAUCUCCUGUUCGUCGGAGAUCACGAUCUCCGGUGCGGCGUAGAUCACCCUAUACUGUGCGCCGCAGAUCACCAUCUCCUGUGAGACGGCGGUACCGAAGAUCUCCAUCUACUCCCCGACACAGGUCUCCAUCACCAAGGCUACGGAGAUCCCCAAUUCCCAGCCGCAGGAGAUUGCCAACUCCUCCCAGACACAGGUCUCCUUCACCUGAACAGUGGAGUUCUCCAUCUCCAGCACGCCGCUUGUUGCCUUCACCAGGCAGAAGGAAAUCACCAAAACGCCAGAGGAGGUCACCUGUGCAAUCUCCUAGGGAAAGAAACAGGACGUUUGAGAAGCUCUCUCCUAUCCGACAUGCUCGCACAAGAGACAAUGCUGAAAGCUCUGCUGAGAUUCGUAAGGGGAUAGAUUCUGGUGUGCUUCGCACCCCCAUUUCUUUGAGAUCACCACAGAGAGAUCCACUGGAUCGGGAUGACACCCAUAAGAAACCAUACUCCUCAUCGCCUUCACCAGAUAGGUCUCAAUCUCAUUCAGGACCUCCACCAGGCUCUAGGAGAAGAAGUCCUAGUGAAGAUAGGAGGUCAUUCAGCCCAUAUGUGAGCCCCGUGAAGCAAACAAAGGAACAAAAACUCCGAGAUAUCAGUGCAAGCCCUCCGGCUAAACCAAGAGAUCAAAAUCCUCGUCUUGGCAUUCCGGUGACUAGAGUGGAGAAAGAAGAAACCUAUGGCAGGGGCAGUGGUGAUCAGAAGCUGAAAUCUUCAGAGAAAAGAUCUGCACAUGUAUCGACAGUUGAUGACCGUAAAGCUUCACGUGAGAGGGUUCCUUACAAGGAUGAUGAUACCUCUGAAAGGGUUGGUGGUCGCCAUUCUAUUGAAAUUCGGAGCCGCCCUGAUGGCCUGGAAUUAAGAAAGAAAGACCAGGAGAUAAGAAGUGCGAAAACAUCUAAAAGUGUAAUUCAUCCUGAAGUUGCUGUGCAACAAAAGUUACUGUCAAUUAAGGAAGACACUUCAUUGAGUGAGAGGCAUCGGGUAUCAUCUCCUGAAGACAUUACCAAAUAUGAUAAGAAGGAUGACUCUCGUUCUGAUGAGGUCAAGGGCAGUAAGGUAUUUCAAGCUUCAUUGAAGUCGAUAGAAGGCGAUGAGGAAGAUAGAAGUGGUUCCCUAAGUUCUGGCUCUCUGGAAAGAGAUAAGCGCCAUCAUGAAGUUCGUGAAAAAAGAAAACAUAAAAGGUCUGAAAGGAAAGAAGUGGCAUCAGAUGACAGUGAUGAUUCUAAAAUAGAGGGUAGGAAGGAUGCCAAGAGAAGAAGGAAGGAGGAGAAGAAAUUGAGAAAGGACGAGCGGCGUCGACGGAAGGAAGAGAGGCGUCGUAGGAGGGAAGAGCGACGACGUGCAGAGAAGUUGAAGGAAAAGUCAAUUGAGACAGUUUCUCCACCCACGGACUAUGAGAAAAACAAUGAUGGUAAUGCUUCUGAUAGUGAACGCAUUGUGAGGACGGAGUCUGGUGCAAGCGAUGCUGAAGUAACAGAGACUGAGCAGAAAAGGCUUGAGAUUGAAUUACGAAAAAAGGCUCUUGAAUCACUUAGAGCAAAAAGGGGCGUUGGGCAUUAAAUUUGUUUUGCUUUAGAACUUUCACCUGUUAUUUUAACGUUUUAAUCUUGCUGAUUGGUACCUUUUAAAGUUUACUGGAAACUUUGUGUUUCGGCCAAGUGUAUUAUUGAUAGCUGUUUGAUGUAGCCUGUGUUUACUGCUGGCAGCUGAAAUGGAUAUAUGAGGAUUCCCUGAGUUUGAUGA